AUGGAUAUUCAAGAAAUCAAACAGAAACCAUUCGGGAUAAAUCCAUUGAUAAAACCUUUUUCACUUAUAUCCAGCUCGACAUUUGCAAAUAGUUUAGAUACAGAUCUUGGAGAUGUAGACUCGGGUCCUAUAAGACCUAAAUUAAAGGUAAGUAAAUAUAAAACAGUUUAAACUGAAUAAAGGGUCUAGGACACUUCGCCGAAAUUAUUUUGCCGACGAACCGUUUUGCUGAUGACCGAUUCGUCAAUUGUUUCAUCGCUAACCUUUUCGCCGACAGACUUUAUUGUAAAUUUUACUUAGUGGUCCAAAAAAUAAAUUUGGAUGCCAGUGAAUAA